AGAUUAUGGACAGUGAAUGAGCUUUCCCAAAUUUUCCUUUGGAAUUUGGCUGCCCCCAGUCUGGGGCUUUCCAGAUGUGAAUCCUGUUGGAGGUGGAUGGAUUUGGGGUAUUUUGGGGGCGACAUCUCAUCCCCUGCCCCAGCUCGUCCAUCUGUAAAUGCCAUAAAACCUUAAAAGACAUCAAAUUUAGAGGGAAGGAAGAAUUUUGGGGGAAUUAUUCCCUCCAGGAAUGAAUCCAGGAUAACAGCAGUGAGGAGUUUGUGAGUCCAAAGUCUCCCCUGCUCAGGUUUAACUCAUCCUUGGGGUUUCUCACCUGGGCAAACUCCAUUUUCCACCUUAUUUUGGAUCCAUCUCUGCCUCAUCAACACUUAAUUAAUGUGGAAAUUAAAUCCACAUGGAGACUGGGAGCAUCCAAAAUAUCCUUCUCUCACCUUUUUCCCCCUCUUUCUUUAUUUUUUAAUAUUUUUAUUAUUAUUUUAUGCAUUUUCUUGCCUUCCCUCCAUCUGUUGCUCGGUGGCUGCGCCUCCCUGCCUGCCCUCGCCACCAUCUGGAUAAAUCAUUUGUCGCAUUAAAUGCCAAAAAAUACCCCAAAAAGUGUGAAAAACGGGAUCUGUGACAGGGAAAGGAUCCCGCUCCCAGAUCCAGAGCUGGAUGCCCACCUGCAUCCAGCCUGGAAUUACAAUUAAUUUUGUCUCAUUAAUUAGUCUCUCCCGCUCUUCCUUCCCUCCUGGGUUAUGUGUGUCUCCUCCCACCCGCAGCAAGGAGAGAAAUCCAAGGAUUUUGGGGAUCUUGUGCCCUGCUCAGCCUUUUGCUGCUCCAUAAAUCCAGUUUGGCUGCUUGGUUUGGACUGGGAUGGAUUAUGGAAAGGUUCUGUGUUCCUUGUGUCCCCAGAGUCCCAGAAAACCCCACACAUCCCUGAACUUUUCCUCUUUCUCCUGACUGAGUUGCCUUUUCCCAAAAUCCCUCCAUCCUUUGGGAGCAGCAGUGGAGGAAGGGGGGGAUCCUGGUGCUCCCUGUGUUUUUGGGGAGCAUUGGAGCAGCCAGAGCUCGGCACCGGAACAGCUCCGGGUUUUGUGUCCCUCCAGGCCAAACCCAAGGACCCCAAAACUCGGAGGAGCCCAAGGAGCCGGAGCCCAGACACCCCAAAACCUGCAGAGCCAGAGCCUGGACACCCUGAAACCCCGAGAGCCAGAGCACAGAAUUCCAGAGAGCUGCAGCCAGGACACCAGAGACCCGGAGCCCUGAAACCUGGGAGCCCCGAAAUCCAGAGAGCCCAGAAUCCCAGGGCCCAUCAGCCCAUCCCGGGGGGCAGGACACACAUCCAGCCCUGUGUCCGGCCAGGAGGGUCCCUCACCCCAGAGCAAACAGUGGCAUGUGGCAGCUGUGACUGUCCCCAGCUGUGCCAGGUCACCAUGGAGCCGUGCCCGGCGCAGCCCCAGGAGGCUCUGCUGACGGUCAAUGAGCAGGUUAUUGUCAUGUCCGGCCAUGAGACCAUCCGGGUGCUGGAGGUGGGCGUGGAUGGGGACCCCAAAACGGCCGGGGAGGGAGCGGGGGGGUCCCCGGCACAGGGGGGCCCCCCAGGUGUGGAGGACGCUCCCUCCAGCACCCCGAACUCGUCCGGCGGGGAGGCGGCAGGUAAAGCCAAAGCAGCAUCGCCCGCCCCCGUCCCCCCGAGCCAGCCCGGCGUGACCCACCUGGCCGUGCAGGCCACCCCACAGGUGUUGGCUCAGGAAAGCUUAGCCACAGGUGUGACAGGAGUAAUGGUUCCGGCAGGGACAGUUACUCAACCUCUUCUUAUCCCCAUCAGUAUUGCAGGUCAGGUGACAGGCCAGCAGGCGCUGGCCCUGGUGACAAUUCCCACAGCAACGCUCGCCGCGCUCCCGGGACUGACGCCGGCGGCACCCGCGGGGGCGAUUUUCAAAGCGCCCGUAGCCAAUCUCACAGGUAACCGCAGCCGCCGCCGUGCUCAGCCCCGCCAUCCCGGCCAUCCCGGCGGUCCCGGCGCCGCGGCCGCCCCCGCCGCCCCCGGGGCAGCCCCCGCUGCUGCCGACCCCCCGAUGUCCGUCCAGCCCCCGAUGUCCGUCCAGCCCCAGAUCACCGGACUGGCCUUUAACCCCGGCAUUCUCACGGCGGCUCUGGGGGCGCAGCCACAGAUCCUGGGGUCCCUCAGUGCCCCCCCUGUGAUUGCCAACCCCCUCCCCAGCGUGCAGGGGAUCCCAGGACAGCUCCUGACCAACACCCAGGGCCAGGUGAUCGGGACCCUGCCGUGGGUCGUGGCCCCCCCCGGGGUGGCCGCAGCAGCCCCGGCGCCGGCCCCCCCCAGCCUGCAGGUGACACCGGUGACACCGCAGCUGCUGCUCAACGCGCAGGGCCAGGUCAUCGCCACGCUGGCCACGGGGGCCACGCUGGCCACGGGGGCCACUCUGACCACAGGGGCCACUCUGACCACGGGGGCCACGCUGGCCACCACCCCCCCUGCACCAGCCCCCGGCAAGAAGAACGGGCCAGCCGAGCCCCCCAUCAAGAGCGAGGUCCAGCCCAUCCAGCCGGCCCCGGCCGGGGUGGGGAUGAGCCCCACGCCCGUGGGCAAGGUGUCACCGUCCCCGGUGCCCAUCACGUGCUCCGAGACCCCCACCGUGAGCCAGCUGGUGUCCAAGCCCCCUGCCCCACCCAGCACAGAGGAGGACGGGAUCAACCUGGAAGAAAUCCGGGAAUUCGCCAAGAACUUCAAACUGCGGCGCCUCUCGCUGGGGCUGACCCAGACCCAGGUGGGGCAGGCCCUGACGGCCACCGAGGGCCCCGCCUACAGCCAGUCGGCCAUCUGCAGGUUCGAGAAGCUGGACAUCACGCCCAAGAGCGCGCAGAAGCUGAAGCCGGUGCUGGAGAAGUGGCUGCGGGAGGCGGAGCAGCGGCAGCGCGAGGGGCAGCAGCACCUGCUGGAGUUUGUGGGGGGCGAGCCGGGCAAGAAGCGCAAACGCCGCACGUCCUUCACGCCGCAGGCGCUGGAGGCCCUGAACGCGCACUUCGAGCGCAACGCGCUGCCCACGGGCGCCGAGAUCACGCGCAUCGCGCAGGAGCUGCGCUACGAGCGCGAGGUCGUGCGCGUCUGGUUCUGCAACCGCCGCCAGACCCUCAAGAACACCAGCAAGCUCAACGUCUUCCACGUGCCCUGAGCCACGGAACGCCCCGUGCCAGCCCGGCCUCCUGCCAUCUGCACUUUGGCCGCUGGUUCUGUCCCUCCACCGCCGCGCCCGCACCUGUGUCCACCGUCAGCAUCUCCCAGUGCCCUAAACUGGGAGUGCUGGGAGCUCCCCUGUGU